AGCCAAACAAACAGGAAAAGCUUAUAAAAUUUCAGAUUACAAUAUUGUAUUCUACCCUGAAAAAACAAUCGAUUCAUCAUAAAUAAAAAUAAAAAAAUCAUGUCAGAGUGGCUUUCUUUGCUCUGCACUGCCCUUGUGUGGUGUUGCUACUUGUGCAACAUCCCUGGAGCCAGUUGCAUCAUGGAAAAUGAGACAGAUAGAGUUGCAUUGGUGGCCUUCAAGGCUGCAAUAGAUCAAGACCCAUUUGGUGCCCUCACUUCCUGGAAUCAUUCACUCCACCACUGCCAGUGGAACGGCAUUUUGUGUAGUCGUCGGCAUCCUGAUAGAGUUAUUGGGCUAACUCUAAAGUUCCAAGGCCUGGUUGGAUCGCUCUCACCUCAUGUAGGAAACCUCUCCUUCCUCAAAAGCAUUGUUCUUCAAAACAAUAGCUUCCACGGCCCAAUCCCACAUGAGAUGGGUCGCUUGUUUCGGCUACAAACAAUAGAAUUCAGCACCAACUCAUUUGGUGGUGGAAUACCCAACGACCUUUCUCGCUGCUCAAAACUUGAAUGGCUGAACUUGAACUACAACAACCUAACCGGAAACAUCCCAGCUGAGUUGGGCUAUUUGUCAAGGCUUCGAACUUUAGCCUUGAGUAAAAACAAGCUUUCAGGUACCAUCCCUCCUUCCAUUGGAAACCUUUCAUCUCUUUCCAAUCUCUCUUUCGUGGAUUGUAAUUUGCAUGGGGAGAUUCCGGGAGUAAUUGCUGAGCUUCCCGGCCUGAGAUUUGUCCAGUUAUCGGGGAAUAGCCUAUCUGGUAAGCUUCCAUUUGGCCUUUAUAAUAUCUCCACCAUCAAUAUGCUCUCACUAGCCAAUAACCAACUUGAAGGAGAUAUUCCUCCUCAUAUAGGCUCCACACUUGCUAAUCUCAAGUUUCUUUCACUUUCCAGCAAUUUGUUUACUGGAACAAUUCCUACUUCACUGUCAAAUGCUUCGGGGCUUGAAUUGAUAAGUUUAUCUACUAAUUAUCUCAGUGGGACAAUGCCGAGAGAUCUUGGAAAACUUUUGGGUCUUCAAACAAUAAUAAUUAGUGAAAAUUGGUUGCAGGAGGACGUCACUUUUAUUUCGUCUCUAACAAAUUGCACCAGUUUAAAAUUUAUUGAAGCCAGUAGCAAUCUUCUUAGAGGUUCAUUACCUGACUCCGUUGCUAAUCUCUCCACACAUCUUAGCUUCAUAAAUUUGCAGAUUAAUGAAAUACACGGAAGCAUUCCUUCGGGCAUCGGGAACCUCCUCAACCUCACUGUCUUAGUUAUGACAACGAAUUAUCUUACUGGCCCUAUUCCUUCCUCCAUUGGCACACUUCAUAAGCUGCAAGUUCUGAUGUUAAACCAGAACAAAUUCACAGAACUUCCAUCUUCGCUUGGUAAUUUGACUUUGUUGAAUACUCUCAAUUUGGCAGAAAACAAUAUCCAUGGAAGCAUACCUCCGAGUUUGGGCAAUUGCCAUAGCUUGUUGGAAUUAGACCUUUAUAAAAAUAAUCUCAAUGGUUCAAUACCCCCUGAAAUUAUGAGUCUCUCUUCCAUUUCAAAAUUCCUCAUGUUAGAUCACAAUGCACUAACUGGUUCUCUUCCAUUAGAAGUCGGGUCUUUGAAAAAUCUUGCAAACAUGGGUUUGUCCUAUAAUAGAUUAUCAGGACCCAUACCAAACACUCUGAGCAAUUGUUUGAGUUUGGAAUGGCUUCAGUUGGAGGCCAAUUCAUUUGAAGGAGAGAUACCUCAAAGUUUGAGCAUGUUGAGGGGUUUAAGAUGGUUGGAUCUUUCAUGCAACAAUUUGUCAGGAUUGAUCCCAAGUUAUCUAGGUGAGCUUCAACUAGAUAUGUUGAAUUUGUCUUUUAAUAGGCUACAUGGACAAGUUCCACUACAAGGAGUGUUUCAAAAUGGGAGUACAAUUUCAAUUGUUGGAAAUAAUGAGCUAUGUGGAGGUAUUGCAGAAUUAGACCUUCCUCCAUGUCCAUCCUCCAAAUCAAGCAAGAAUAAGCUAUCUCAUAGGAUGAAAGUGAUCCUAUUGGUGGUUGUUCUUUUGAUAUUUUUAUCUUUGUUUGUUAGCUUCUUUAUAUUUCUUCAACGGCGUCAUCAUUCAAAAAAGAAGACCUCUAGCAUGCCAUUAAUCAAACAUCAAGUUUUGAGGGUUUCUUAUACAGAGCUUCUCAAAGCCACCAAUGGAUUCUCAGAGGCUAAUCUAAUUGGUGUUGGGAGCUAUGCUUCAGUUUACAAAGGGAUUCUUGAUCAAGGUGAGAUGGUUGUGGCAGUGAAAGUGCUCAAUCUUCAGACUAGAGGAGCUUCUAGGAGCUUCAUGAUAGAAUGCAAAGCACUAAGAGCGAUAAGGCAUCGAAAUCUAUUGAAAAUUUUGAGCGUUUGUUCUAGUGUGGAUUUCCAUGGUAAUGAAUUCAAAGCUCUGGUAUAUGAAUUUAUGGCAAAUGGAAACUUGGGCAAUUGGUUGCAUCAAGUCGGAGUUGGAGACCAUGGGCAACCAGAAGAACCCAGAAAUCUUAAACUAAUUCAGAGGCUAGACAUUUCCACUGAUAUUGCCUCUGCACUUGAGUAUCUUCAUUGUGGUUGCGAGUCGACAAUUAUUCAUGGUGAUCUAAAGCCAAGCAAUGUUCUUUUGGAUGAUGAGAUGACGGCCCAUAUUGGAGAUUUCGGGUUAGCAAAAAUUAUUUCUACUGUUUCAAGUGAUAUGGCACAAGGUCAAAGCAAUUCAGUUGCGAUAAGGGGAACCAUAGGCUAUGUUGCUCCAGAGUAUGGCAUGGGUGACAUGGCUUCCACACUAGGGGAUGUAUACAGCUUUGGGAUUCUUUUACUGGAGAUAUUUACAGGUAAGAGACCAACCGACGCUAUGUUUAAAGAUCAUCUAAAUCUUCAUAACUUCGUUAAGAAUGCUCUGCCGGAUCGGGUGAUGGAGAUUGUGGAUCCUUACAUUCCAUUGGAGCAUAACACAAGAAGUUGGAUUAAAGACUGCAUGGUUUCCAUUAUGACAAUUGGGGUUGCAUGUUCAAUGGAAUCACCAGUAAAUCGAAUGGAAUUGGGAAGUGUUAUUAGCGAAUUGCGUAAGAUAAAAAAUACAUCCAUGAAUGAUGGGUUGAACCAAGACUAGGAAGUUGGAAGAGAUUUUGCAACAUAAAAGCCAAAGGUUACUUCCAAGGACCCCCAAUAAUGGUUACCUAUAUGGGAUAUGAUACUCCAUCGGCCAAUAGAGUUCAAGUGGUAGCUUUGUGUUUUAUUGCCUCCUUGAUGAGUUCAUAUUCAUCAUCCUCAUCAGCUGCUUGAAUAAAUAACUGUCACUUUUCUUUUCUUUUUUUUUUUUUCUUUUCUUCCUUCCUUUGAUUAGAUUGUAUUAUAUAAAAAAUAUGUUCAUGUGAGAUAUUUCCAACUAAGAUUGUGUGUAAGAAUUAUCAUUUUGUUGUAUCUUUCAUUUGAAAUUGCAUGGCCAUAUAGCUCCCGCUCUUUAGUCAUUAUUAAAUUGUUGCUCAAAUUU